AUGGCACCAUCUACUAAUGAUCAAGCACCUUUUGUGAUUUUGGAGACGAGUAUGGGAAAAAUCGCAUUGGAAUUAUAUUGGGAUCAUGCGCCGAGAACUUGUAAGAACUUUUCGCAAUUGGCAAAACGGGGAUAUUAUAAUGGAACGAUUUUUCAUCGAAUUAUUGCUGGAUUUAUGAUUCAGGGAGGAGAUCCAACUGGAACUGGUUUGUUGUUUUUUGGAGAAUUCUGAAAUUCAAUGAUUUUUUAAAAUCAAACUUUGAUGAGCGAAAAAUUGAGUAUUGAUGAAAAAUUUUGAUCAUUUCUAUAAAAUUCAACGUUUUUUUGGAAAGAAUGAUAAAAAUACUUUGUUAUACAAAAAGAUCAAAAUAUUCUGAAAAAUAACAUUCACUGAAAAUUAUCGAAAAUCCUGAACACCCUGCGAAUUUUCCAAAAUCUUGAAUUUCCAGGUCGCGGCGGUGCUUCAAUUUACGGCGAUCGAUUCGCUGAUGAAAUCGACGAACGUCUCAAACACACUGGCGCCGGUAUUUUAUCAAUGGCCAAUGCCGGACCAAACACAAAUGGCUCACAAUUCUUCGUCACUCUUUCACCAACUCAACAUCUUGAUGGAAAACAUACGAUUUUUGGAAGAGUUGCCACCGGAAUGAAGGUUUGCAACAUUUUAUUUGUUUUGCAUUUGUGGGUGUUUUUCAGGUGAUUGCUAAUAUUGGUCGAGUUGAUGUUGAUAAUCAUGAUAGACCAAAAAUGGAUGUGAAAAUAUUGAAAGCAUAUCCAUCUGAUGAAUCUUUGUUGUCUGCGUAG